GCAAGUGAGAAGGAAAAGCCUGGAGUGAAUUCCUGUUUAAAUGUUACUGGGGGGGUGGGGGUAGGAAAAUAAAGAGCAGUUGACAGAGCCAGACAAACAAGAGGGGAGUCUUUUCUUCAGAUGGUGCUAAUGACUGAUCAACAGCUUGAGGGGGAAGAACUAAAACCUGUCAGGGUGAUCAGUAAAAAAGAAAACAAAGCUGCUUUGACCCUCUCAGAGAGUGAAAAUGGAACAGAAGAAAAAAGAAAGAGUGGAAAGCUAUACAGUGUGGUGGCACAGACACCUUCUACUGAUGUGGAAUGUUUUGAAGACCAUAAGAAAGUCACGGCUUCACGGUCAAAGACAAUUGUGGAUAAUACCAUCUUGGCAGCAGAUGGCAAGAAUGACUCAAAGCCAGAAAGGAAGAAGCACACCUCAAAUAAGUUUAAGUCAAAUGCUCACUUUCACAAGUUGUUUCUGGAUGUCCCGAUUGAUGAGCCCUUGAGACAAAGCUUUACCUGUGCCUUGCAGAAAGAAAUUGUGUACCAAGGGAAGCUAUUCAUAUCAGAGAACUGGAUUUGUUUCCAUUCUAAGGUCUUCGGCAAAGACACUAAGAUUAGUAUACCGGUGCCCUCAGUAACAUUAUUAAAGAAAACAAAAACUGCCCUUCUAGUGCCAAAUGCCCUGGUUAUAUCGACAGUCUCUGAUAGGUACAUAUUCGUCUCCUUUCUCUCCAGAGACACAGCUUACAAACUAUUAAAAUGUGUUUGUCAGCAUUUAGAGGAUGUGAGUGUUGGCAACAGUCCCAAUCCUUCUUCUCCAGAAAACAGCUUCAGGGCUGAUCGCCCUACAACCUUACCUUUGGAUUUCAAUGGAGAUUAUUCUGAACUGGAUGGCUUCAUUCGGCAGCGCAGGCAGGAGUUGGAAGAAUCUAGCAGUACUGGUUCUCAGACUCCAGAACUGGAACAUAUUCAUGAUUACCAUGCUGUUGGCACGAAGACAUACCUGAAAGCCUCCAAGGUAGAGGCAAUGCCUGUCUGCACAGAUGUACAUUCAAAAUGUUUGUGUGAUGGUAAAGUCAAGAAUGUUUCUUGCAAUGUUUCUCCUGGACUCCUUGGAUUCUUCUACAGAAUGAAUUAUCAGAAAUUUUUAUCUGUGAACCACAUACUUGUUCUAUAUGCAAUUCUUGUCUGUAUACUAAUUUUUUCAACAUUCUACAUGAGAUAUAAAAUCCACAUUCUGGAGGAGCAACUUGGUUCCAUGGCACCCUUUGUGGAUUCGAAUAUUAAUGAACAUCCAAUGCAAGAAGACUUAGAAUCUCAUCUGCAUCUUAAUGUGGCUGGUCUCUGUGAGGAACUAAUGGCUAAUCUUAUCAAACUGGAAAAGAUACAGAGCAAUUUACAGAGGCUUCUUGAAGACAGUGGAUGACUCACCAGUCCCUUGGGGCUACUUCAUACCUCAUUGUGCUUUCAAUAAGCAAUUCCAAAUGUGACAUGAAGCUCUGCAGGCCAGAGUGGGUGUCCAGCUGCUGAAUCCAAAGCCAGAGUUUUAUUGUUUGCAGCUCUUGUACUCAGCAAUGAGAGUUUGUAUCUGUGCAAUAAAAUGUGUCUAUUCAGAGGAAGCCUUUCUAUUAUCUAUAAUGGUGUGUGAAUAACUGAGAAGACUGAACUUUGCUAUAUUGCUAAAUCUACUGUAAUUGCGUUUACUUAGAGUGUGUGAUUUUCAGUCUUAAAAUGGUGUGGCUAUGAACAGUAUCUUGAUGUAUAACUUGCUGAAAGCUGGGUGUCUUUCAGAAGCUUAUCUUUUGAUGGCACACAUCUGUUUGCUUUACUUCCUUUCCUUCUCAGAUGUAGAAGUUUGGACACGUGUCCAAGACAACGUCAGCUGGUCCCUCUGGGCUUCAUUUGGCAAAAUACUGAAUGUUCUCUGUGUCCCUUGGAUAAUGUUCUUGAAAAUCCAUGCUUAGAAGCCAAGUGGACCAAUUCUGCACACUAAAUUGCUGCUGAGGAAUAAAAAUUGGAAGUUUUUCCUAAAAAUCUCCAUGCCACAAAAGACAUUGUGAAAUUAGGUAUCAUUUUGCCUGGUGCCUAAUUACCUCCUUUGCUUUGAAAAGUUAUCCAGAAGAUGGACUAAUACACUUUAAUAUUUUCAGAAUUCUAAAGAGUAGAGUAUUAAAAUAUUAUCUCCACAAAUUUUGGAAUUAAACUGAUUUCUAUAGAAAGCAGCUUGGAGUUGAAAACCCUUUACCAUGAAGGGUCUGUGGAUUUCCCAAAGGCAGACUAAUUCACAAGAUACUUAAAGCUAGGGAGGGGCUGUGAUUCACUGAUAGAGCAUCUGAUGUGCAUGUAGAAGGUCUCAGGUUUAGUCCCCAUCAUUUCCCAGUUCAAAGCACUAGGCGGUAGGUGAUGUGAAAACCUCAACCAGAGAGCCUGGAGAUCUUCUGCCAGACAGUACUGACCAUGAUGGAUGAAUGGCCCAUAAUGCAGUUUCAUGGGUUCAAACUGAAAUGCUUGUGUUUUUAACCAGUUUAGUCCCAGUUUAGUCCCAGUUUAUGUAAAUUUAGGCACAUGUCGUAUUUGGUUUGGGAUUUGCAACUUAUGUCAGUUUUUCAUCAAGAUUAAUUGUAUAAUUUCUGUUCACUCUACUGUGAGGUGUUUCAGAUUCUAAACAAAUAAUGUAGCAGGAACCAGAAAUCUAAUGAUGUUUUGUGAAAAAACUAUUUUUUUUCCAAAAGUAUAUCAACAAGUUACCUCCUGAUAUAUAGGAGAUGGAUCAUAUACUACCUUGAGGGUUGGAUCAUAUACUUCUUUGAAUGGAACAAGUUUGUGGAAGUGAGUUUUGCUACCUCCUUCCCCACUGCAGGUCCCUGAGCUUCCCAAAAAGCCACUCCUGAGGAGUGGGGACCCUCAGAAAUUCUGCCACAUGUAGCAUGUGGGACUGGAACUAGAAGAAGAAAUGAACAGAAAUCACUCCCCCCCUACUCUUAGCAUGAGCUCCAUGACUCAUAAGAGGUAUAGGAGGAAUGGCCUUCAGAUUUCUCCCUUCCGACUGCAGCUCCCUGAUGCCACAUUCUACAUGCUGACCCUGAGCAGCACCUUUUACCAAGGUGAGGGAAAUGACACACACAACUGUGAAAGGCUCCUUUCAGGCGAGUGUAAGAUCCAAUCUCUUUUUUCCCCACAGUGCCUUAUCAAUGAACACCCUGGUGAUCUAAUUCUUGUUUGCCAGAUAUGUUGCCUCAUCUUGACAAGAAAUUAUUUAAAAUUCCUUAGUUCUGACAUUCGACAGUGUUCUGUUUACAUGUUAAUGUAUAUCUUAUCAUUUCUAUGAAAUGUUACUUACUUGUUUUUAAAAUAAAUGACUUCAAAAAGU